GCGAGGAGGCGGCGGCGCUGAGCUGUUGCUCCUGGAAGCAGAGUCGGGGAGUGGCACACCCAGCCCACGAAGUCCCUGGAAGUCUGUCGGGCCACGAGUGAUUCUCAUUUUUAGCUAUGGCUGAAUUGGUUCCCUCCCCUGAGGACUCCCCCACUGACCUCUGUUCUGAUACUCCUGUGGAACCACUGGCAGCCCCCGAUUCUCUUCCAGCUGAGCAAUCCCUUGCUGAGAUCGACCUCCCUUGCCGCUUUUUCCUAGAAGGUCGUUGCCGCUUUGGUUCCCGCUGCCGGAACAGUCACCCUGGUGACAUGGGAGCUGCUCCUCGUUCAGAAGACGGCGGAUCCAACCGCAGUCGUUCUCCACAAGGCAAGAAGCCCCCCAUGAAGACUGCAGAGGAUGUUAUCUCUCGUCUCCUCUGGGACCCCCAGCUGCCUGCUGAACAUUUUUCUAUUGGUUACCUCGAUCGGUUCCUGGGGGUAUUGGAAGAGCCUUUUGCUGCUUUCUCCUGGGAAGACCUGGCUUCAGCCGGGCCUGGCGUGCUGGCUAUCCCCAAACAUAGGAUCCACUAUUUCAAAUACAAGACUCACAUGGUAUGGGAUAAAGUGAGCCGCACAGAUGAUGUCUUUGGGUCCACAGGAAGUGGGAGAACCAUCUUGGAAGUGAUGAAGGAAGUUGACGAGGCAGCCAGAACCAUUGAGGAAAAGGCUCAGGACCAUCCUUCAAAUGGAGACAGAGAAAGGGAGAUGGGAGGUGUUGGACCAGGGGCAGCUGGAGAAGAGGCAGUCAGUGGUUCAGCCGGAGAAAAACAGGUGGCCGAGACAGUUGGCGGACAGGAUGAGCUGGAUAAUUUGGAUGCCUUCAGCAUCACAAAGGAAAAUGAUCCAAUAGUGGAAGAGGAGGAAAACACGGCUUUGCAGAGCAGGAAGGUGGGACACCUUCCGCGUUGCAAACAGCGUCCCACCCAUUUCAUAGCUAUCCACGUCACCAGUCGAGAGACCUGGGAAGCUGUGAAACUCUUCCAAGGCGCCCUCUCCGAGGUUCAGCCAGACCUUGAAGAGUUCUAUACCCCUUUGCCUACUCUGCACAUCACACUGUGUCUGCUGCACUUAGAUACCUCGGAACACAUUUGCAAAGCUGUUACGGCACUCCAGGAACUGCAAGCCAACAGCCAGCGCCUGCUGCCCCCCGCCUUGCUUCUCUCCUUCCACAAGGUUGAGGCUUUCCAUUCUCGUGUGCUUUACUUGUCACCAGCACCUACACCUGGGCUGGGAUCACUGGCCCGGACUUUGGAGGAUGCCUUUAACAAGAAGGGCUUGGCAGUGAUUCCUCCUCCGGACAAAGACAAGUUCCACUUGACCAUGGUGAAGAUCCCACGGGCAAAGGCAGAUCUACGGUUGCCAGCAGAUUCCUCAUGGAUUCCAACUAUUAAUGAUUUAGGAACGCAGGCUGUAGAAGCGUUAUGUUUGUGUGAGGUUGGAAAAGGUAGGAGGACUGAUGGGUUUUAUACCACGGUUCUGAAAAUAGAUCUAUACUGAGAGGAAGGGGUGGCGUCUCUUGUUCUGCUGCUCGAGGCGAAACAGGAAGUUUUGCCAUGCUGC